AUGGAGUGUCGAUGCGUCUCGAUCUCCGCUAAUGGCAAUGGGCUCUUCGGCGAGUGUGUCUCUCCAACGGACCUGAAGUUUGUGGCUGUGGAUGGAGGUGAUACCUUCACGAUCGGUGUAUUAGCUGACAGCGGGGAGGUAGUUGGAUGGGGGAAAGCGUUCUACGGGGAGCGGCCUGACGAGCACAAGAAUGUACCGGUGAAGCUGAAUGUACCGGUGAAGCUGAAUGUGCCCGAGCGGUGUAAGACUGUGGGUUGUGGCUCGAAUCAUGUGUUGGCGCUGACCGAUUCAAGUCGCGUCAUAGCGUGGGGCUGGAACAGAUCUGGUCAAGUUGGAGCUGCUGCAAUCGAAGACGUGGUGCGUGUUCCAACAUUCGUAAAGUUCCCUAUUGAGGAUGUGGAGAUUGUCGAAGUGGCUGCCGGAGGAAUGCACUCGCUUGCAGUGGACUCAAGAGGUCGUGUCUGGGCUUGGGGAUGCAAUACGUAUGGUCAGUUGGGCAUUGACUUCGAGGUGAAGCAGCAGCAUACUCCAAUGCUCGUUGCAUUACCUGCCGAUGUCCGCGUCCAGCAUGUCGCUGCAGGUUGGGCACACAGUGCAUUGAUCUCGACAUCGGGCGAGGUUUUCACCUUCGGCUGGGGACUGUACAAUCAACUCGGCCACGGCUCCACGCAGAAUGAGCAUCAACCGGUUCUUGUCGACGCUCUUCGAGGACUCGACAGCGAUAUCGUGCAGGUCGCGUGUGGCAAUUGGCACACAGCAGCGCUGACGGCAUCUGGCGAUCUGUACACGUGGGGCUGGGGAAAGGAUAGCCAACUGGGCCCCGAAGCUUCCGUAGCGACUCAAGUGCUUCCUCGCGUAGUGAACGUAUCAGCAAGAUCAGAAACAACUGAAGAUACCCAGGACGUCACAGACGUCGCGUGUGGCAACCGCUUCACGCUUGUGCUGUGUCAAGACGGAUCUAUCCAAUGUUGGGGUCCUACAUCGCCGCAUCCAGGGUGGCUACCUCGAAGUACUCGCCUUGUCCUCAAGCUGGCGGCUGGCAACUCGCAUGCCAUCCUGCUGGAGAAGAAGAACCAAGACACAAAGGCUAAAUGACAAAUCGCUACCACGGCAUGUUUAAGGCAACAAACGUCGAGAGCCAUCCCACAUAAGGAGGGAGUUUUCUACACGAGCCUACAGCUAUUGCUACCUCAUCUGGUCUCUGUAAAAAUGGAUAGCUGGAGACCGACAGCUCUUACAUGACAGUGCAACCGCAGAUACCGCAGGCGCCAGCAGACUCCUCGGCCUUCUUCUCGUGCUUCUUCUCCUUCUUCUUCUCCUCCUUGGCCACCUUCCUCUCCUCCUUGAUCUUCUUCACCUUGGCCACACUGUCGUUCUUGUAUCCCUCCACAGUGCUCGUCACCUUGGCCGUGAAGUCCUUGGCGUCCUCUACCGCGUGCCGCGUCUUGUCCUUGAUCUUCUCGCUCGUGCUAGCGUUAGGCUUGGGCGCAGCGUUCCACACGACAUGCUCCUCCUUCUUGGCGUGCUGCGGGUGGCUGGCGGCAGGCUUGGGCGGGUGUGGCUCCUGGCCAGGCACGGGGGCGGCGUUCCAAGGCGAGUCCGACAUCGUAGCGAGAUAGAUUUAGAGUUCUUUGAAAGGCUGGAGAG